AAGAGAGAGAGACAGAGAGAGACAGAGAGAGAGGGAAAGAGAGAGAGAGAGAGAGAGAGAGAGAGAGAGAGAGAAAGAAUUAUGUUCAUUAAUAUCGAAAAUCACGAAGUCAAAGAGAACGGUUACAUAUCGAUGAUAAUAUUAAAUUUAGCGAUGAAGUACGAUUAUAAUCGGAACGUUCACGUAAUGCCGCCUGUGAAAUCUUAUCUAUGAGGCUUUUAACAAGGUAGGCGUAGAACGUGGUGUAGUAUGUGCGUGACUGGCGUGUUAACAUUGUCUAAUCUCUGUGGUUAAGCAAUACAUAUUUUCAUUGAUUUUGAAUUUAUAAAAAAAAAAAAAAAAAAAAAGAAGAAGUCUUUUUUUAAUAAAGAAUUAAAAUAUCAAAACUCGUUAUGAACGAAACGAAAAGUACUGUCGAUGUUAUAUUAAACGAACAUAAUUCCGUUAAGUUGCGUAAUAUUGAAAGAUUUCGAUCUGACAAUGAUAUUAUUGUUGAUGAUGAUGAUGAUGAUGAUGAUGAUGAUGAUGAUGAUGAUGCUAUUGCCAAAGAAUCGCAAGACGGAAGAAGACGUUUUAUAUCUGACGAUGAAACAGAGAAGAAGAAAUUUAUAGUUAAAUACAAAGGACGUAUUUACGAUAUUCGUGGAUUUUUAAAUUAUCAUCCGGGUGGUAAAAAGACACUUAGUUCAUACAAGGAAAAACAUUUGGAUCGUGUUUUAAAAGAAUAUCCACAUUCGGACGCGGCUUUCCAUUUGUUUAAUGAAUAUGCAUUGGAUAAUAAAAACAAAUAUGACGAGCUUGAGAGUUUGAUAGAUUGGAACACACCUUUAUUAAGUCAAGUGGGCAAGUUAAGUGAUCGAUAUUGGCAGUGGGUGAAUCUACCGGUAAACCGACCGAUACGAUUAUUUCAAUCAAAUAUAUUGGAAUUUUUAACAAUCACACCAUGGUACAUGAUACCGAUCGUAUGGAUUCCUAUUUGUGCAUAUUUUCUCUAUACGGGAUUUAGUCUAAGCAUUACUCGUCAAUUUCCAAUUUUUUCUUUAUUAGAAGGCCUCCUUGCCUUCGCGGGAGGGGUAUUAUUGUGGACAUUUGAGGAAUAUCUGUUACACCGUAAAUUGUUUCACUUCAGGCCGCCAGGGAAUUCAAAAAUACUUAUCACGUUACAUUUCCUUCUUCAUGGUUUGCAUCAUAAGGCACCUUUUGAUGGUCAAAGAUUAGUAUUUCCACCUAUAGCUGGUAUUAUCAUAGCAAUAGGCAUAUGUAAAUUGUACAUAUCGAUAUUUCCUGAUUUUAUAGCCAACUUUAUUAGUGCUGGAUCUGUUGCAGGAUACUUGUGUUACGAUUUAAUGCAUUAUUAUUUGCAUUAUGGUAAACCUAAUGCCAAAACAUAUCUUUACGAUUUAAAGAGAUAUCACAAUUAUCAUCAUUUCUCGCAUCAUGAUGAAGGUUUCGGUAUUAGUAGUAAAAUUUGGGAUUAUGUUUUUAACACAGAUAUACGUUUACAGGAGUUGGCAAAACCAAUAGAAUGGUAAUUUCCUGCUUAUGAGUGAUAAAUGUAAUAGAAAAGUUUAUACUUAGCAUGUAACAUGCUUUCAGCUUGGCUAUUGUUGUUUCUGAUAGAAAGUAUUACUUAAGUACUUCAAGCCAUAUUGCUUAAUAGAUAAAGAUGUUUAAAAACGAUUAUACGAUCCUCUGAGCGAAAUACCAUGUCAUUAAUCAAUAUUAUACAUGAUGCAUUUUAUAACAUAACUUUGGAAAAUCUUAUUAAAAUGCAUGUUGUAUAAAGAUAAAUUAAUUAAGUACUUUGAUAUUCUUAAUCUAAAUCAAGAGUACUCAAUUAUACCCUUGAACAAAUUUUUUAAUUAACUUAAAUAUCAUUAUAGUUUUUUUUUGUUUUGUUAUACCUCAUAUGUGUAUGUAUAUAUAUAUAUAUAUAUAUAUAUAUAUAUAUAUAUCAUUUUCAAUACGAUGAUAUAUUUCCACAGCCAAGUGAAUUACUUUCAAAUAUCAGUUAUAAUUAAUUAAAUGAUAUAAUUUUCUUAUGGAGUCUCAGUUUUAAUUAUUUUCCUACCCAUACUCAGUUGAGGAAAUGUACUUUUGUUUGGUGGUGGAUUUAACCUAGACGACAAAUAGACAAAAGGUUCUAACAAUGUUUGUCUAUCCAUUACAUUGAUCUCAUAAUGCUUUACCUUUUCCCUGGUACACCAAUUGCUUGCUUUAUUAGAUGUAUUCUCUAAGCUAUUAGAUUUAUUUUCAUUAUUAGUUUUAUUACCUAAAACUAUUACUGUUAUUUCUUUCUUAUCCUUGUUCUUAUCGAUGUCCUUCUUCAAUGGAAAUAAAACAUCCAAAGAUUCUGGUUUCAUAGUGUCGUAUACUAAGAUAUAACCAUCUGCAAAACCAAGAUAGUGCCUGGGAAGUUGUUGAUUGUUCGCGUUGCUUUGUAAUGAUUCUAAACCAGCGGUGUCGUAAAAUCUAACUCUCUCUUUUGUACCACGGUCCGUUUCUAUAUUAGCAACAUAGAUGUCUUCUAUAGUAGGAUGAAUUUCCUAUCAAAUCAUAGAAACAAUUUUCAAUAACUUUUCGUCGAACAAAGUAUUAACAAGUGAAAAGUUAUAAUUAUAACCUAAAUUUCUUACCGUUUUUGGGGUGACAUUUCCAUAUAUGAGUUGUUCCAGCAAUGCCGUUUUUCCUACUCCUUUCAUUCCACAGACGACUACUCUUGUUGGCUUUCCCAUAUUUAGAAUCUGGUGGUAAUCCUACCACGAUUUCAUUACCUUUUCCUAUUACGUCACAUCUUGGUAUUUGCACUUGAAAUAAUGCAUCGCUUUUAACGUGCAAGUUGAUGCAAUAUUUCCAUAAUUUUUAUCUUUAUUUAUUAAACGAUCAAUCAAUUUCAUAACCUUAUUCUUAUCAUUGUGCAUAGAAUUUGUGAUUGUUAAUAAUACGAUGUAAUUUUAUUUAAAAUGUACAAUUUCGAUACGAAUAAAAGAAAUUACAAUAUAA